AGUCUCCUCUCUCUACUUUUCUCUUGGAAUUUUCCAUCUAUAAAUUCAUAUAAUAAUCCUUCGAUAUCUCUAGUUUCCUCGUACAUUAAUUUGUCGAUCUUCCUUUGAGAUCUCACUGGCGAUUGACCCACACCGGCUUUGUCCGGCACCGGAGAGGUGCCUGGUGAAGCCCCAAAGGGAAUGCAUUAGGGUUUCGUAGGGUUUUUAGGGUAGGAAAAACACGAUAUAGGGCUAAAAUGGUGACCAGAUUGGUGCGGUGGCCAUGGCCGACGGGUUCGUCGAAGAAGCUGGCUGUGAGGCUUAUUGUGAGGGGAAUUGAGGGGUUCCCGGUGGGUAAAGAAUCGUGGGAGGAGACAAGGAUGAAAGUGGAGGUGAGAUGGAAUGGGAAGACGAGGGCACUGCGUUCACUGAGGUCGGUGAAGAGGAACUGCACGAGGGAAUGCGUGUUUAAUGGUGACAGAGGGAUGGUGGAGUGGAACGAGGAGUUUGAGAAUGUAGUUGUGCUCACGGCUCACAGGGAGAACAGUUUCAAUCCGUGGGAGAUCGAGAUCGCCCUCUUCGUUGGUCCGAAUGCGGGUACUAAGAACAAGACGCCUGUGGUCAGAACAACUUCAUUGAAUCUUGCUGAAUAUGCUUCUGCCCUUGGGGAAGAGUUUGUGCUAAAUCUUCCAUUGCUGCCAUGCUUUAGUGCUGAGCCUUCCCCGAUAAUUCAUUUGUCUUUGAAAUUGCUAGAGUUGAGGACUUACCCGCUUCAACAAGAGACAGUGAAGGCCACAGCAUCUCCAACUUCCCUUGUAGAUAAAGAUGACCUUUCUUCUCUUAAAGCUGGAUUUAGAAGAGUAUUUAGAGAGUUUAUGCCUGUUAGGAAGCUCAGAAAGAGACUCCGCAGUGAUGAAGGUAGCGAUGGGCAGUCGUCUGUUAGGACCGAAGAUAGUUACUAUGCUCACACAUGUAGUACUGAUUCUCCGGUACAUGAUGAAGCUAGCGAAGAACUUGAAUGUUGCAACGAUGAUGCUAUUACUCGAAAAUCGUUCUGUUAUGGUACAUUGGCAACCGCAAAUAUGUUUGGUGUUAAUAAUUACAAUGAUAUAAAUAUGAAUGAGAACGAUGAAGAUUUAAUUUAUUACAGUCACAAAAGAUAUGAUGUUGAUUGUUCACAUUUUGAGGAGUCUAUGCCAUCCAUUACUGAGAAAUCUCCCAGAAGAAGCUUUUUUCUCUGGAAAAAGAGGAAAUAUUAUUUAAGAUCUAAGGCAAGAGGUGAACCUUUGUUGAAGAAAGCUUAUGGAGAAGAGGGAGGGGAUGACAUUGACUAUGACCGUCGUCUGCUUACCUCAUCUGAUGAAUCUUUCUCAGGAAAGAAGUCUGGUGAUGAUGAGUCUGCUAAUCAUUCAUUGCUAUCAGAAUUUGGAGAUGACAAUUUUUCUGUUGGCUGUUGGGAGUCUAAAGAGAUCAUUAGCCGUUGUGGACAAAUGAAGCUCUACACUCAGGUCUUUUUCGCUUCCAUUGACCAGAGGAGUGAAAGAGCUGCUGGUGAGAAUGCAUGCACAGCUUUAGUUGCUGUUAUAGCUGACUGGUUCCACUCUAAUCAGGACAUGAUGCCCAUAAAGUCUCAGUUAGACAGCCUCAUUCGUGAAGGCUCCCUUCAAUGGAGAAACUUAUGUGAAAACCAGACAUAUAGAGAACGAUUCCCUGACUACCAUUUUGACCUUGAGACGGUUCUCCAGGCAAAGAUCAACCCCUUAUAUGUUGUACCUGGCAAGUCAUUCAUUGGAUUUUUUCACCCAGAAGGCUGUGAGGAUAACAGUGGCUUUGAGUUCCUGCAUGGAGCCAUGUCCUUUGACAGCAUUUGGGAAGAGAUCAGUCAGGCUGGACAUGAUUGCGUAUUCAUUGUCAGUUGGAAUGAUCACUUCUUUGUCCUUAAGAUUGAGCAGGAUGCCUAUUACAUCAUUGACACGCUUGGAGAGAGACUCUAUGAGGGCUGUGAUAAGGCUUACAUACUAAAGUUUGAUAUGAGCACCACUAUCCUUAAAUUAGCAAGCAGGAACGAAAGCGGUGCAAAUGGGAAGGAGGGGGGUUCUUGUGGAGAACAAAUCGAAUGUGACACACUUGAGGAGGAGCUUGUUUGCAGUGGAAAGGAAUCUUGCAAGGAAUACAUAAAGAGCUUCCUGGCUGCAAUUCCUAUCCGGGAGCUCCAGGCCGAUACAAAGAAGGGGCUAAUGAUCUCUACUCCGCUUCACCAACGCCUUCAGAUUGAGUUCCACUACACAGAGGCAUCAAAAGAUCUAUCCAGCUUUGUUGGUUUUCCACCACCACAGUCCUCAUUGUUCUCUUGGCCUGCAUAUCCAUCACCCGCUGCGUGACGAAUUAUUUCGUGAUGAAGGUCUCUUUUUAGCUUUUCUUUACAUUGAUGAAGUCCUAACUGAUAUGACUAAGGUGAGAGAUGCAGCAGCUUCUUAACAUGGGACUGGAUGGGUAUAAGCUAAAGCGGGCAGCCCAUAUCAUAGAUUCCAACUUACCUGAUGCUAACUGGAACUCUUAUUUAUUUAUUUAUUUUUUUCUAGCUGCAACUCUCCCUUCUGCUUUGAUUUUGUAGUCAAGAUUGUCGUUAGUUUUGUUCAGUAUGCUCUCAUUUAAUCAGCUCUCUGAUAGAAGACUAAUGACUGAUUUUGAUCACUCUCUAAUCUAUUCUUUGGAUUUCGUCAAAGUUUAUAUAAAACCAUUUGUUUGGUCUCCAUUUUAUUUCUCUGAAAACCAGUUUUUUUUCUUGUGGUGAUUUGUGGUUGGAUGUAUUACCGCAGGAUGCUUAUAGCGCAAGCUGAUGUAAUGAAAUGUAAACUUCUGAGCAGUGUGGUUCAUAUUUGUUUUGAUAUUUUGAUAUUGACUAAUAUGAGCCCUCUUUCGGCCCGGAUUCAUGUUAGG